CAGCCGCCGCGGCCCGGUUCCCGAGCGCCCGGCAUGAACCGCAAGAAGCUGCAGAAGCUGACGGACACCUUAACUAAAAAUUGCAAGCACUUUAAUAAAUUUGAAGUGCAAUGUCUUAUAAAUCUUUUUUAUAACCUGGUGGGAGAUGUAACAGAGCGGCAAGGUGUGGUCACUGGACUAGAUCGUAAUGCAUUUCGAAACAUCUUACACAUGACAUUUGGAAUGACAGAUGACAUGAUUAUGGACAGAGUAUUCCGAGGUUUUGAUAAGGACAACGACGGCUGUGUAAACGUAUCAGAGUGGAUUUCUGGAUUAUCAGUAUUUCUUCGAGGAACUCUGGAAGAAAAAAUGAAAUAUUGCUUUGAGGUGUUUGAUUUGAAUGGUGAUGGAUUCAUUUCAAAGGAGGAGAUGUUCCAUAUGUUAAAGAACAGCCUUCUCAAACAGCCGUCUGAAGAAGACCCUGAUGAAGGAAUUAAAGAUUUGGUUGAAAUAACCCUUAAAAAAAUGGACCAUGAUCAUGAUGGGAAGCUGUCUUUCUCAGAUUAUGAACAGGCCGUGAGGGAAGAGACCCUUCUACUAGAAGCUUUCGGACCAUGUCUACCUGAUCCAAAGAGCGAGAUGGAAUUUGAAGCCCAAGUUUUUAAAGAUCCGAAUGAAUUCAAUGAUAUAUAAAUACCUAAAUGUCUAUGUUGUCUCAAGUGAGUAAAAAAGGAGGCGCAUACGUAUUGUUUAUUUCUCCUGCUUAGCUCAGAAAGAUGAUGUUGAGUCGUGUGUUUGGGGCGGGGGAGGGGACUCACCAACAGGUGUCAUCCAACCUUGGUGGAAGAUGCAAGUGAACAAAUGGGAGACAAGAAGCCCCAUUCUGAGUGUGCGUUUGGCAAUUUAACAUUGCCAGAUAUCUUAUCACGUAGACUAUCCGUUGAACUAUCGUGAAACAAAUCGACUAUACAAUAAUGCAGAGGCAAAUACUCGUCACGUCAGAAAGAUGGCUGGGUAUACACUGAAAAAUCAGUGAGACUACUGAAUUUCCUUUGGAGCGGCAAAUCAAGACCACGUCAAAAGAAGGAAAGGGUGAUGGCAGUUGGCGUUUCGACACCUUUCCGCUAGGCCUGGAGGGACAUUCCAAGAGCUGAAAGCGGCACGGGACCUACUUCAGCAUGAUGCCUGUUAUUGCUGGAGGCUUUGCCAGAACGGCCUUGGAGACAGUGAGCAUCUUGAAGGCAGGGAUCCCCGCAACCCGUACUUGUGUCUGGCACAGCGGUGAGGACAGUCGCCUGCAUAGAACGGGUACGCAGUCAACAGCGUGGAGGGAAAAGUGCAAGGUGCUGCAAGGUAAAUCCAGACCCUUGGUGAGCGGAGGAGGAAGAGAGGGCUGUUUCUGUACAUAACGCGUGAUGCGGCCACAGCUUUCGGUCCAUCUCUGGGGUCACCCCGAGGCUCCUCACGCAUUGCGGCCGGUUGUAAAGUCCCCUCUCUGCGCUGGAUCCCUCUGCCUCUCCGCUUCAGCCCCAUCCCUUGCCCCCCGCCCCACCUGGGUGCGCCUCAGUGUCAUGCCCCCACCUUUGGCAUC